AUGUCGAACCCAACUCCGCCGGCGUCUGGGACCAAGGUUCCAGAUGAUACACUCAAAGCCCCCAUGAUGUCGGAGCAGAUUGCCGCGGAUAAUUUUGUUUGCCAAUCACGAAACAUCCUCGAUAGCAUCAUAAACGAAUCGGACUUAACUAUUAACGAAAAGUCCAAGCUGUUCGAUCUACUGCAACAUUGGUGCAUGGCCCGGCCUUCCACGCCGGGUCAUGCUCAGGCCGUGUCUGCGUCUUUACGACAUGCGUUUUACGAGCUGGUCUUCGAGAACUGGGAUUCGGAGAAUGACUUUAUCUCGUUCCCGGUGCGAGCUGAGAAAAAGCUCGCACAGAUCGCCGUGCCAGUUGGAGUGUUCACCGAGGACCUUCCAGUGACUCCGAGAAAGCGGAAGCUGGGACAAGAGCAACAGCUCAACAAAGAUCGCCGGGCCGGGGCGCCGGCGUACCUGAGCGUCCACCUCAACGCCCAGGGUUUCAACUUUGAAACCCUGUGGAGGGACCAGCACGGUUCGAUCGUGAACAGUAAGUUCGUCCGCCUGGCAGAGGGUUUGACGAUGGAGAAGGCGAUCGAAAAGGCGAUCCUGAACUGGGACGCCAGGGAGCGCAAGCUCGUACAGCAAUACAACACGGAUAUGGUGAUUGCGCUGGCCAGGCGCCGAAUUCGAGAGUUCAGCCGUGCCGGCACGGCGGCGCUACCUUAUGUUCCGUCAGAACUCGAGAUCAAUGGUCGCCUCAUCAAAUGCGACCUUAUCAGUGAUGGAAUGCACGAGAUGAGCCAGAGUUUCCUUCGAAUCGUCCAGGCUGUCGAGCGCAGACAGCCUAGAGCACCACGCAACAGAAUGUAG